AUGUACAAGCCACUGCUUCUCACUCUUGCUUCCCUGGCCAGCAUCCUCGCUGCUCCCCUGGACAAUGUCACUCCCGCCAGACACAAGCGUGACCUCUACUUCACCAACUGGUCCGGCCAGCUCGUCGUUCCCACCCUGAACGACGCGAACAACCCCAAAGGCACUGCCGACAUCUGGGUGGGCAUCGAUGGCAACAACUGCAAGACGGCCAUCCUCCAGACUGGCAUCGUCACCUAUGGCGACGGCACCUUUUGGGUGUGGACCGAAUGGUGGAAGCACACCAUGCAGGAUUACACCGUCAGCCUGGACGUCAGCGGCGGAGACACUGUCCGGCUCACCGUCCACGCCACGUCUACUACCAGCGGAACCACGACGGUCGAGAACUUGACCACGGGCAAGUCGGUCUCGCAUACCUUUACCAGCGAGACCUCGUAUCCUCUUUGCGAGACCGAUGCAGAGUGGAUUGUCGAGGACUUCCAGAUCGAUUCGGCGGGCGAUCUGGCUCCCCUUGUGGACUGGGGCACGAUUAAAUUCUUCGACACCUUGGCCAGUGGUCCCAACGGGAAUGUUACCGCUGCCGGUGCUACAAAGGCCAAUCUUAAACAGAAUGGCGUCAUCCUCACCAGCACUGACAUUGGCACCGACGGAAGCGUUUCUGUUACUUAUAUUGGCUAG